AAAUUGUAAUGAACGGAACUGAAGGUGACCAUGAAGAGCUGGCACCUAAAAGUAAGGAGGACUCUGAACCUAUCCAGAACGGAACCAAUGAAGCAGGAGAAGAACCACUCACAAUAGACGAUGCGCUGGACAAGAUCUACAAAAGUGUUAACAUAAAACUACUGCUAGUGUUCUUUACUUCUGUAGGAACUGCCACCCAGACCCCCAUGCAGAUCUACGUGGUUAUCUUCGCUGGGUUCAUCCCUUACACCGAGUGGUCAUGUCUCUCCGAAAAGUGUCUGAACCUGCUGGAGAACAGUAACAGCACAGAAGAGUUCUACACUUCCAAGACAAUGUGCGGUUAUGGUCUGGUGGCUAGAACGGACUUUGAGUGGACGAGCGAGAGGACCAGUUUCUCGAUGGACUGGGAUAUCUACUGUGACACUGAAGCUAAGUUCUCAACCAUAUCAAGCUUCUUUUUCAUAGGUGCAACUGUGGGACUGCUCGUGUCCACUGCUAUAUUCGACAGGUUUGGUAGGAAAAACGGAGCAAUUGCAGGUAAUCUGAUCGGAGCUACAGCCACACUGAUUGGAACAUGGGUGCCUUCCAUUGAGAUAAUGCUGGUUGUCAGGAUCUUCCAGGGGGUUGGUAUGUUUAUCCAGCUGACGGGUAUUUACUGCUGGACCCUUGAGAUGACGCCGGCCCAUCUGAGGAGCUUUGCUAACGGCGCUAUCUUCAGCGUUUGGUCAGUUGGUUACAUGUUGGUAACAAUGUUUGGGUAUCUCAUCCCCACCUGGAAUUACAUCUUCACUGCAGUGGCCAUUCUCAACUAUACUCUCAUGAUCCCUGUCCUGAUCUACCCCAUCUCUCCCAGAUUCGCUCUGGUCCGGGGAAGAGAGGAGGAGGCUAAGAGAACCCUGGAAUCCUUCUCCCGGCUCUGUAACAAUGAAACAUCAAUGGAAACUAUAAAGUUGACCUACAAGAAGAGAGUUCAGAAUUACUUCCAGCAAGUCAAAGACUUCAAGACGUACCCAACCUUACGGAAAGAAACCAUACUAGGCAUGAUAUGCUGGUUUAUCGUGGCCGUUCUCUUCUAUGGCUUUUCCUUCGGUUGGAAUAACAUCUCGAGUGAGUUCUACUCUGGUCACAUGAUAGCAGCUACUGGCAAGCUUAUCGGCUUUGCAGCUGCUAUCCCGGCCUGCAACAUUUUCGGAAGGAAGAAAGCCAUACUUGUGAUCCUGGCAAUCGGCCUUGUCUCCAACUUCCUAGCUAUGCCAGAUGUGCAGCUCAGUCAAGGCUGGACGCUGGAGUACGUGGCAUGUCUGAUCGGAAACCUGUCGUGCUCCACCGCGUUCGGAAUAAUCUACCUGUACUCAGGAGAGUUGGCCCCCACCACUCACAGAGGCAUGAUCAUGUCCCUUAGCUCCGCUUCAGCCAGGGUAGGCAGCUAUGUUGGCACCUACGCGGGUCUACUCUACGCUGUGGCAGACAGGCGAGUUCCUCUAGCAGUGUUUGCUGGGCUUACUUGCAUCUUCAUGCUAGCUGUGUUCUUCCUGUCUGACCCGACUGGUAGGAGGAUCCCAGAGACUCCACGUGAUGUGGAGGUGUUGUCGGGAAAUGACGGAUUCUUGCAGAUACUCGACGAUACGGAGAAGGAGGAGACAACUGGGAAACAGGACCGUGUCAGUCUUUCUGUUUAAUUACAAUUAGAAUUGUGUAUACUAUCUGUCCAGGAUGACGCGUCAGUCUUACUGUUUAAUUACAAUUAGAAUUGUGUAUACUAUCUGUCCAGGAUGACGUUCAAAUCGCGGGGUUGUGAUCCCGCAUUUGUGUCUGAUUUUAUUGCAAAAUUGGUACAGUAAAACCCCGAUUUACCGCAUACCCCGAUUUACCACAAACCCAGAUUUAACGCAAACCCCGAUUUACCGCAAACCCUGAUUUACCGCAAACCCCGAUUUACCACAAACCCCGAUUUACCGCAAACCCCGAUUUACCGCAAACCCCGAUUUACCGCAAACCCCGAUUUACCGCGUUUGUUUCCUUACUCCCAAACUAAGUUUAACUGUACUAAAUUACACAUUCAAAUACAGCAGUUAUACGACAAAUUAUUUGAUUCUGCAUUCGCGGAAUCUAACUGGUCUCCCUGCAUCUGGCAAUAAAUCUGUUUGGUCUGAAUUUAUCAAUAAUGACUUGAGCAUUAAGCGACAGAUUAAUUUCUUCAAAAUCUCGUUCUUAACGUUAUGCAUAUUCUGAUUUUAUCUUUAUAACUCUCA